AUGGAUAUUCUCUCCUCUUCCAAACUCCUUCGCUCACGCUACAGUGAGUGUGUUCCCCUCUUUCAUCCAGAAACAUUAGCCGCCACUACUGCAGCCCGAACAAAAACAGAACGGGGAUCCACAAUAUAUAGAGAUGUAAACUCUCAUGCGUUAAAGAGAGGCGAUAUUGCGUUUCUCUCUUCUGUGCAAACACCAUCAGAGGUGUAUCUUGCUUUGGCGUGUGUGGCCCGUUAUCGUGAUACUACAAUGUUGAGUGAAUGUGAAAGAAUGCUUGUAUUUGUGCCGUAUGAUAUCCCACGAGAUGAGAUAUUUGUAGAAAUGCCUAUUCUUGCCUUUAAAGAAGGGAAAGAUCCCACACGAGGUGAAGGACUGCAGUUGAUGGUAUUGAAUGAAUAUACAUUAUUAUGUUUUCGUACUAAAGAUGGACUCCCACCACGUAAAGGAUUAUUUAUUACAUUUCGAACCACAAAGGCACAAGAACUUUUUCAGAAUGCCGUGGAUCAACUCAUUCGUUAUCAUGAUAAGGAAAGUUUAUUCCAUAAUAAAUCUCCACCUGUAAAGAGUCUAAAUCGUAUGGGACCAACAAGAGAAGAAUAUAUAAGAGCAGGAACACCGACGUCUGGUGCGAUUAUACCUCGUGGUUCUGUAUACACAACCAUGCAAGAAAGAGAAUGGCCAAAAGAAGAAAAGAGAGAAGAAAAAGAAAAAAAAGAGGGAAAAAAAGAAAUGGAAGAAGAUCGUGGGGCAAUGUCUCUUAUCAAUAAUCUUUUAAGAGAUCGUGAGAGACGCCGAGAGGCCUACAUGGCGAGUAUAGGUAAACCAACACAUCCACAGCCGUAUUUAACAGGACUAACACCAUCAACAUCAACAAAGACAACAUCUUUUCUCAAACGAGAAGAUAACAAUAUCGAAUUUAGUGAAUGGGCCCAACAACACCAGAAAUUAAACCCAACCGCAUGGAAAAUGCUUGCUGGUGCUGCUGAAUCUCAAAUGAUGUCGGAAUGUCAAACCGCAAAAGAUAAGGAUGGUGUUAUCCAACAAUCUCAUGGAUUCCCUAACUCAGAUGCGGUUUUCUCUCCAUACAAUAAUGUACCCAGUCUUCAGGCCCGCGAGGAUCUUCUGCUGGAGAUACGAGCUGCAAUGGAGGCAGUUGAUAAGAUGAAUGAAGCCCAGGGACGUGGUGGAGUUAGUUUACUUGGAUCAGCUCGGGAGUUUAUUCGUCAACACCAAGAGGAACUUUGGCGACUUGAGCAGGGAGAAAAUAAAUUACAUCCGUCUCCUCCUCCAUUAUUUGAUUUUAAACACAUGGACACUCGCUCCCCAUCAGCACCAACCGUUUUGCUGCAGAAGCAGAAAGAACAAGAAGAAGAAGAAAAGCGAAGACCAACAGUAAGUGAAGUAUCCAAAGAGUCCUUACGUCCUAGUAUAUCACCGUCAGCAUUACAGGCGUUUGAGAAUAUUAUUCCAAAGCCAGAACAACAACAACAACAACAAACUGUAAUAGAAACAAUAGGUACAGUAAAAGAUAUUGUUACUACUACACCGAUAAUAUCUUCAGAGUCAUUGUCUCUGGAUAGACACCCUGUAGAGUCUGUUGUAUCUAUGCAAGGGCCGCAAGUCAAGUUUCAGGAGGAACUCCAAGUUGCACGUGAAACAGAGUCACGUAUCUUAUCUACAUUGCAUAAAGCUCCACCAAAGAUAAUGGGUAACAAACGAAUGUUUGGCACCAACCCAAAGGUUUCUACAUCUCUGCAACCCGCACCUAUCACUCCAGUAGUAAAAGGCGUAGAAAAUGGAAAUGGUGAUAGGAAUGGGAAUACAACUUCUUCCUUUACAGUAGACGGUGCGAUAGCUUCAUCGGUGCAGCCGGGCACUAAUAACAAAGAUGCUUCUGAUGUAACUUCUGCAGAGCCUAUCCCUCCAGUGGUAGAGGAGGAGAAAAAAAAAAAAGAAGAAGAAGAAGAGAUUCCACGCUGUGGUGAGGGUUGGAAGACUGUACGUGAUCCGGCGAGUGGUAAACAUUACUUUGUUCAUACUCUAACAAAGCGUACUACAUGGAAUAUUUCAGAUACAUUUAAACCCAAUUCCUCCAAUGAAGAGCAGAAACAGGAGGAGAAAGAUACUGUUAAGGAGAAAUCAAAGUGUGGUACUGGUUGGCGUGCGGUGUUGGAUCCAGGUACUGGUCGUACCUAUUAUGUGCAUAAGAUAACAAAGUCGACAACAUGGAAAGUAGAGGAUACAUUUGAGGAGAAAAAGAAUACCUCUAACGGUGAUAAUAAAACCACAGAGAAGCAAAAACCUAUCAAGACAUCAUCAUCAUCAUCAAGUGUAUGGGGAGAACGACAAGAUCCCUCUACAGGGAAAGUGUAUUAUUAUAAUAAGAAAACAAAGCAAACGACGUGGAAGAGGUCAGAGACUGAUUUGGAUACGGCGUAA